AUGAAUGGGGUGGACAUCUGGAUAUGUAUCGACUAUCGACUCGUGAAUAACUUCAUCCAGAUGUCUAGUUACCCGUUACCUCUCAUCGACGGCUUGUUAGUCGGUUUCGCUCUAGUUCAUGAGCCUGGAUAUGGCCAGCGGGUUUGGGCAAUCAAGAUGACCGAAAGGUCCAAGUUGAUUUCGGCUUUCGUAUCUCCGUUUGGACACUUCCAGUGGAUUCGAAUGCCGUUUGGUCUGAAAAAUGCACCCCUGAUCUACCGGCAAAUGAUUAACAAUUGCCUCCUGCCACCAGAAGAGGAGGCCGAAGUAGACCAGGAAUUUCUGGAUUAUCUACAUUUGGACCCCCAGAGUGUGAUGGUUGUGAAAACGAUCAUACUCUGUGAUUAUUGCCGACUCUGA